AUGGACUCUUCUUACCAUCAUACGGGUUGCGACCUUAGUCGAAGUAGCCAUGAGCGACUGGCAGAUUAUUCCAAAAGGCGAGCAGCAAGCGAUGGUAGCACGAUUUGCAUCGCACAAACUGCCAUGGGUCUACUUGAUGACGAUGACCCCUUUGAGAACCUAAAAAGCUUUCCGCUUUCGAGACCAUGUGAUUCUAGGGAGAAGAAGCUGGGUGUGGCUCUCUCGACAGCUGAGUUUCUCCUGAGUCUGCCCAUUGAAAUUUCGCGCGAACCGGUUGUGUCCGGGGUGCCUUCAUCAGCCAACCUCAGCAAUGCCUCUUUGAACACUUCCAAGAAGAUUUUCUGCAUGAGCCCACACAAACCUGAUGGAAAGCUAUCUUGUUCAGAUCGUCUCAGGUUAUCUAUGACUAGUGUCUUGACCGAGGACACAAUGAGUGAGCUCAAUCUGGUUCCACCAGCUGCCCAGCAACCGAUCUCAUCCAACACGGAUUCAUGCGGUGAGAGGACGGAGGAAGCAGGUGGCUCUGUGACCAUCAAUUUCUCUCUUCGCAGGACAACGGAUAAGAAGAAAGAAUGCAAACGUGGCCCGUUACGGAAGCAGCAUUCCAGUUCAGAAUGGCUGCACCACUCUCUCCAAUGCUUGAUGAUCGACGGGAGUAUCGAGUCUCAAGAAGGGGGCAGUAACCGAAGGCACCCUCCACAGAGGAGCUGCUCUUCUGUGUCCCUUCCAAACUCCAGAGUGUUGCGGCCGCAAGCUGAAGAUAGCCGGCAAGUCCUCAACGGCACGAAAGGGUUACUAAAAGAGAAAAUGGCCAGUGGGUUGCCAAACGAGAAAGCGACCAAUAGCACCUCUCGAAAGAGCCUCUCUGGAAGGUCACAGUUGCCGUCAAAGUCACAGAGCUUAAGGAUUCGCAGAGGACUCUCACCGGUACGGACUGCAUCAAGAAAAUGGAGCUCUCAGACCAGUUUGGAAAGUCUCCUCAAGACGGCCAAAGAACGAUCGAACGCGAAGGCCAGCUCCAAUUUCAAGGCUGCAUCUGAUCAUGGAACAACGCCAAGGUCCCCGAAGACCAAGACAACAGUGUUGCUGACUCGUCUGCAUGCAUCCACCAACAGCUUACUGAAUGCCAAGAACCACAGCCUGCUUAGCGACUCCAUGAAAGCGCCCACUCUGACGAGAAAGACCAGUGGCGCAGGCAACAUGAGGGGUCGAACGCUUAGUCCACCGCCAAGGAAAUCCCACACUGGUAAGAUCCAGGCCACCCCGGCAGUUGAUCCAAGGAAGGCAUUGGCUCGAGAGGCCUCCACCUCCAAGCUGGCAACAUUGGCCAUGCUGAACCGAUCUUCGUCCUCUUUCAGAAAUUUCCCCGAUGAUGCCGCCUUGUCCCGCAUCCAACAAGACGUUCCUACCUCCGAGAGGAAGAAGUCGGCAAGGAGAAGAAUGAGCGUAUCCCCAGUGCGGGGUCGUCCACAAAAAGUUUCCUCGGCGAGGGUGACACCCAAACGAGACAAGAGUCUUCAUCCAUUGGAUAGCGCUAGCAACCAUGAGCUUCGCACGCCACUGAAGAAAGCCAGAUUCGGUUCUCACAACAACCUGUCUGCAAUGGUAGCGAUGGGGCCACCGCUGCCGCUGACAAACCAGGGUGCCACCACCAGGCGGCCCACUCUGGCACGGUCAAGUUCAUCUAAGAGAGAUCUACAGCAAAUGUCGCGAGUGCAACAUCGCCGCUAUGUCGGCGAAGCUCUGCAGUCCAGCAACCUUGAUUCAUCCGCCCAUAGCUUCGUUACAGGCUCUAGAAUUGUACGGUAUUGA